AUGGAUAUGAAAUUAACGAGAAUUCAAGCACUGGGGAUGGAUCGGGAUUCUGUAAAAGUAGCGGAAUUGCUUGGGUUACAGCUUGUUGGGUUGGGACAAGCUGAGUCAUGUGAUGGUCUGCCUCGAUUACCAAAUCAGCAACCCCGUGUGACGCAUCGUGUUCACCUACAAUGUUCCUUCGCUAAUGCUGACAAUGCCGUAAAAAUGGAAACAGACGCAUCCGACGAUGAUAGAGAAUACGAAGAGGAGGAAGAAGAUGAUUUUGAAGAAAUGGAGGAUGACUUUAUGGACUUUGAUGGACUGGAGGGCGAAUACGACGACGAGUUGCAGCUUGAUAACAGCGAAGCAGUCCAAUUUAUAUUAUCAAGCGCAUUAAGCCAAGGAGGAUCAUCGCAUCUGAAUCCGCGGAAGACGCCGUACUUACAUAAGGACAAUCGAUCCGAAGAUGCUACCCAAACCCCAGCCGGAGCAAGUUCUGCCGCAGAGAGGAGGAAACACUCUGUUUACAGGAUUCUUAAGUCGAGAGAAACGGGACUCAUGAACACGCAAAAUACCCUUCCCAUUGCGAAGAGAUUUAUUCCAAAUCAGACCAAGGCUGUGGUUGACAAAUACGGAGCUCGCGCUUAUUCAGGACAAUUUUCAGAGGAUGGGAAGUUCUUCUUCUCCUGUACACAAGAUUUCCAUGUACACCUUUAUGACACCUCGGAUUUGAAUGAUAUUAGACGACAGCGGAGCAUCAAUGCCGAGGUUGGUCGAUGGACCAUAACAGAUUGUGCACUCUCCCCAGACAACCGGCAUAUGAUCUAUUCGUCGAUUACACCGAUAGUUCAUCUUACACGAGCACAAUUGGACAGGGAUGAUCCUGAGCAGAUUCCGCUGGACUUUGAUCAGCAUUUUGAUAGCAAUUUUGGGAUUUGGUCGAUUCGUUUUUCUGGAGACGGGCGGGAGAUUGUCGCAGGAACCAGCAAUAAUCUUAUUGUGGUAUAUGACAUCGAAACUCGGUCUAUACUGCACCAAAUACCUGGGCACACUGACGAUGUCAAUGCAGUCUGCUAUGCAGAACCAAUGUCUUCACACGUUCUCUUUUCCGCAAGCGACGAUUCGUUUGUGAAGGUCUGGGAUCGCCGCUCCCUUGGCAGGAAUGCACAACCAGCAGGGGUUCUUGUUGGACAUACUGAAGGAAUCACAUACGUGUCUUCGAAGGGCGACAAUCGGUACGCUUUAACGAACGGCAAAGAUCAACACAUGAAAAUGUGGGACGUGCGGAAGAUGAUGGAACCAAAUCAAGUGAGGAAAGAUCUAACUUUGAGAACUGGGUACUACAGCGAAGAUUGGGAUUACAGGAUUAUGCGCUAUCCUGGGUCGGUUGAAUUUCGUCAUCCAAAGGACUGUUCUGUGCAGACUUUUACAGGACAUAGCGUCCUCAAAACGUUGAUUCGGUGUCACUUUUCACCCCCUGCAAGCACUGGUCAAAGGUUUGUCUAUACGGGAAGUGAGGAUGGAAUUAUCCGCAUUUUUGCCCUAGAUGGCACACUUGUCCAAGCGCUGGAUCCAGCUGACGCGCUUAAAGCGGCUUCGUUUGAUGACGCCGAAUUGGCAAAUCACGCCAUCUUUGAGUUAUUGCGUCCCCGUAUGAUGCAUAAAGGAGGAGUUACGCGGGAUGUAAGCUGGCAUCCAGACCUGCCGUGUAUCAUAUCGACUUCCUGGUGCGGUGCUGGAGGCGCGUUUGGGGCGACCGUGAAGCACGAAUAUGUAGAACAGUUGAAUCCAUAGCCUAGUAGAUAGGCAAUGUACAGUAGUUCUUGAUUAAACAAUUUUAACCCA